UCCUUCUUCCUCCUCCUUCUCCUCCUCCUCCCUCGCAGCCUGCAACAUGGUGGCCUCUUCCUCCCCUCAGGCGCCCAACGAAGACGGCUCCGGGUGCUGCUGAGGAGGGGCGGCCCUGGGCCUGAAGAGGAGAAGGAGGAAGGAAGGAAAGAAAGAAGGAAGGAAAGAAGGAAGGAGCCUCCCUGCUUUUCCUAGUGCUGCUGCCGCCGCUUCAGCUAUCGGCUUCCUCUGUGCCCCGCAGAUGGAGGAUUAGUUAGUUCAAAGAACCCCCCUUUGAAUGCCAGUACAAAGGAGACAGAGGCCAGGUGUUGAGAUACAACUAUGAUAGAAGAUAAAGGCCCAAGAGUUGUGGACUAUUUUGUAGUAGCAGGUCUCACUGAUACAUCAACUCUUCUGGAUCAAGAAAUAAAUCGCUCUGAAACAAAGUCAAUUGGUUCGAAGGCUCCAAUCACAGAUCUUGCUGUCAUCAUCAAGUCGGCAGGUGAAACUGUUCCUGAGGGAUACACUUGUGUUGAAUCAACCCCAACAGCGCUUCAGGCCAACUUGAACUAUGGGAGUCUUAAAAGUCCAGAGCUUUUUCUUUGCUACAAGAGGAGUAGGGACAAGCCACCGCUUACUGAUAUUGGAGUUUUAUACGAAGGGAAGGAGCGUUUAAUGCCAGGUUGUGAGGUGAUCCAGGCAACUCCCUAUGGACGAUGUGCUAAUGUCAAUAACAGUUCGGCCACAUCCCAGCGGAUCUUUAUCACUUAUCGGAGGGCUCUUCCAGUUCGAUCCCAAAACUCCCUGGCUGUCACCGACAUCUGUGUGAUUGUAACCAGCAAAGGGGAAACCCCUCCCCAUACUUUCUGCAAAGUUGAUAAGAAUCUAAAUUGUGGCAUGUGGGGUUCCAGUGUAUACCUGUGUUACAAGAAGUCUGUUCCAGCUUCUAACUCAAUUGCAUAUAAAGCUGGCUUAAUAUUCAGAUACCCAGAAGAUGACUACGAGUCAUUCCCCUUGUCAGAAUCUGUACCUUUGUUUUGUCUUCCAAUGGGAGCUACUAUUGAAUGUUGGGAUUCUCAAACCAAAUAUCCACUACCUGUAUUCUCAACAUUUGUUUUGACUGGUUCAUCUGCAGAAAAGGUGUACGGGGCUGCUAUCCAGUUUUACGAGCCUUACUUGCGAGAGCUGCUAACGGAAAAGCAACAUAUGCAGCUGGGCCUUUUGACACCAGUAGAGAGAAAAGUAGUUACUUCCAAAUCCAUAAAUUCCAACAAAUGUAUCUGCCUUCUAUCACACUGGCCUUUCUUUGAUGCCUUUAGAAAAUUCCUCAUGUUCAUCUAUAAAUUGUCAGUGUCUGGACCGCAUCCUCUUCCCAUUGAAAAGCACAUAUCCCACUUUAUGCAUAAUAUACCUUUCCCUUCUCCUCAAAGACCAAGAAUCCUUGUGCAGCUCUCUGCACAUGAUGCAUUAAUACUGUCUCAACCAGUUGCUACACCAUUGCCGCUCAGUGGAGCAAACUUCAGCACUCUGCUAAUGAAUCUUGGACCAGAAAACUCUGCCACUUUGCUCUUAUUUGUGUUACUGGAGGGCAAGAUCCUGCUGCAUUCUCUCCGUCCGGCUGUGCUGACUGGUGUAGCCGAGGCUGUGGCUGCUAUGAUCUUUCCAUUUCAAUGGCAAUGUCCUUACAUCCCCCUCUGUCCUUUGUCUCUGGCAACGGUGCUCAGUGCUCCUGUCCCAUUUAUUGUUGGAGUUGAUUCACGGUACUUUGAUCUGUAUGAUCCACCACAGGAUGUUGUUUGCAUUGACUUAGACACAAAUAUGGUUUACAUCUCUGAUGACAAGAAGACCAUGAAUUGGAAACAACUUCCUAAGAAACCAUGCAAAAACCUUCUCAGCACCUUAAAGAAACUGCAUCCACAACUGGCUUUAGUUCACAGAAAGGCCCAAGAGGGCUCUGCAGUCGAGAUGACUCCUAUAGAAGCAGACUUCUCUUGGCAGAAAAAGAUGACACAAUUUGAAAUGGAAAUUCAGGAAGCCUUUCUACGUUUCAUGGCAUCUAUUUUAAAGGGCUACAGAACGUUCCUUAAACCAAUCACACAGGCACCUUCAAAUAAAGCCACUGCUGCAGAUUCCUUGUUUGACCUUCAAGGAUUUUUAAAAAGUCGAGACCGUGCAUACACAAAAUUCUACACAGUCUUAACAAGAACACAAAUAUUUAGCCGCUUCAUAGAAGAAUGCAGCUUUGUGAGUGACAAAGAUACUGGCUUGGCAUUUUUUGAUGACUGUGUUGAAAAGCUUUUUCCUGAGAAAGGAUCAGAAAAAGGAGAUAAGGUUGAUGUCGACUCUGCAGAGGAUACCCGGUUGAUUGAGCUUGAUGAAUCACAAAAGAGUGAACACACAGUGUUUAUAAUGCCACCAGAGCCACCACCUGAAGACGAACAAGAGAGGUUGCCAAAAUACAGCUAUAAAACCUUCCCUAGACUUGAGCUAAAGCUCUUUGACAGACCACGGGAGCUCAGGCUUUCAUUCAGGAGGCACCCAGUUGGAGGCAACAUUUUGAAUAGUCCAGCGCUCAUGGCCAAGAGAACAAAACAGGAGAUAAAAGCAGCCCACAAAUUAGCCAAGAGAUACUACACCAGCCCUCCGCAGUGGGCCAAAUGCCUCUUCAGCCAUUGUUACAGCUUAUGGUUCAUUUGUCUCCCAGCCUAUGUUAGAGUAUCUCAUCCAAAGGUCAAAGCUUUACAGCAAGCCUAUGAUAUUCUUAUCAAAAUGAAGAAAACUGAGGUAGAACCACUGGAUGAAGUUUGCUAUAGAGUUGUAAUGCUGCUCUGUGGCCUUUGGGGCCAUCCUGUUCUGGCUGUGCGGGUUCUUUUUGAAAUGAAAAAUUCUGGCAUACAACCAAAUGCAAUCACUUAUGGUUACUACAACAAGGCAGUUUUGGAGAGCCCGUGGCCUAGUAGUAACCGGAGUGGUAUAUUUCUCUGGACAAAGUUGCGGAAUGUGGUUCUCAGCAUGGUACAAUUUAAGCAGUGUCUCAGAAAGUCUGCAGGCAGUUCACAUGUUGCUUCAGCACCAGCUCCUCGGAUGGUGACAGGUGGAAGUGAUGGGGACACGGUGAGCCAUGGUAGUGUGGAUAGUUCUAACGAUGCUAACAGUGGGGAGCACACACUCUUCGUCAGAGACUUAGUCAGGCUUGAUUCCAUUGGUAAUCACUCUAGCACAGGUGGUCAGUCUGAUCAAGGCUAUGGCUCUAAAGAUGAACUUAUAAAGGAAGAUGGGGAUAGUGUUCAUUCAACAGAUCUACUUGUAAAGAAAGAACUUGUCACUAAAGAUGGAGAUUUAAUUGCAGAAUUUUGUGGUCCAAGUGAGUCUCUUGAAAAGCAGCAUCCUAAUGCAGAGACUCACGGUCCAGUAGAAGUGCCACUGCAUCCUUCAACCAGCAUCGUGAAGAUUCCCUCUGGUAUUUUUGACAGCACAGGCAGGAGGAGUAGUAGUGGAACUGUGUGCAGCCCACUGUUAACAACUCAAGAUGUGGUUGAAGAUACGGUGUUUGAUUACAACACUUCUCCCAAGAGAACAAACGAAAAAGGAAAGAAAAGGCAGAAACUUUUUUCAGAAAGGAGUUGCAGCUUUAGCACUGAAAGCAGAGCAGGCAUGUUACUGAAGAAAAACAGCUUGGAUUUGAAUUCCAGUGAAGCUGCGAUCCUGAUGGGUGCUGAUGCAAAGAUCCUCACAGCAGCUUUGUCUGUGGCAAAAACAUCUUCAUCCGAUGCAAGCAAAUUGCACAGUUUUGACAAUGCAGAUGGCAUACAGUUUUUCUGUGGAACAGAUACUGCUAGGACUCGUGUGAAUGAACACGUUUGGGAAACAGAUUCCAGGUCCUCGCCUGUUCCAGAGGAACCCGAGGAAGGGCAGGAACAGGUCAGGAACAGUCAUGACAACAAUGCAGUCCAAGAAGAGGGCAUGGACUCAAAUCAUCUUGAUGCUGCUAAGUCUAAGCCGGAGAGCCCUGAAUCCAAAGAGGCAGCAAAUAAAAGAAACAGUUUCUAUGGGGUGGCCAAGCCUGUUGAAAGGGAAGAUGUUCAAGUGGGUUUGGACCCCUUAUCAUUGCUGGCAACUGAAGCAGUAGAGCACAUCUCUCCCGAGCAAGAAGAAAAAACGAUGUCGCCAGUUGUCGCCCGCAAUCUGGCAGAUGAAAUUGAAAGCUACAUGAACCUGAAAAGCCCUCUGGGCAGCAAAUCGUCCAGCAUGGAGUUGCACAGGAAAGUGAGCGACCAAGAGGCAACCUCCCCCGAUUCAUUGGGACAUUCAUUAGAGAGGAGGUCGAGCUUGCCUUCAGAUUCCCCUCCACCACCUCAAGUUCACCAGGCUGUUCGGAAAAGCCCAGCUGUUUCCAGGUCCAAAACCUUUACCGGAAGGCCAAAGCAGCUAGCUCUUUCACGUGCCCAGAAAGAACGGUCUAUUUCCUUAUCAGGGCUGAGUCGCUCUUCACCACAGGCUUCAUUGGGUGCAGUAGUUACAACUCUGUCAGGCCUGAAGCUAGACCACAUUUUAUCUGGUCCUAAAAUAGACGUCCUAAAGUCUGGCAUGAAACAAGCAGCUAAUGUAGCCAGCAAGGUGUGGGGAGCCGUGUCUUCAGCAUACAACUAUUCAGAUGAGGAGGAAGAAAACAGUCCAUCUGAUUUUACCUUUCCUGCUGGCUUUGAAGACCAGAUUUUAGGUGUCUGCCAGUCACCCAAAGUAGGAAUCAUGGGGCUUGCAGCCAGUGAACUUGCCCAAAGUACCACUAGUCUGGGAAGCAGCAGCAGCAGUGGAGACACGGGAAAGCCACACUAUCAAACAGGUGAAGUUCCAUUCCCUAGAGGUAUGAAGGCUCCAGAUUCUGAUAAGUCUGAUCAUGGCUCUUCACAUAAUACAAGUUUGUCCAGCAUCUUCCAGAACUGUGCAAUGGAGGUCUUAAUGUCAAGUUGUUCUCUGUGCCGAGCCUGUGGAGCACUAGUUUAUGAUGAAGAAAUCAUGGCAGGAUGGACUGCAAAUGACUCCAAUCUGAAUACUACAUGCCCAUUUUGCAAAAAAACUUUCUUACCUCUACUUAAUGUGGAAUUUAAAGACUUGCGUGGUCUUGCAAGCAUGCUCUUGAAACCAAGUACCUCUGGUGACAGUUUACACAGCAGUAACAUUCCAUUAACCACUGAUUCCAUGGAGCAGAAGCCUGUUUCCAGGCCUGACACGGAUUUGAUAAGUUUUUCAGAAACCUCCAAUGCCAAACAGACCAUCACAGAAGAGAACAGCGCUGCAGCAGGGCAGAGCACUAGUAUAAAAGAAAAAGAAGAUAGAGAUCCGAAAGGCUCACGGCUGUCUGUUACAAGCAACACAUCAAAACGAGGGACUUCCCUGACUCGGAGCCACAGUGUUGGUGGCCCUUUGCAAAAUAUUGAUCUCCUUCAGAGACCAUUUCAUGGCAUUUCAACAGUCAGCCUCCCGAACAGCUUGCAAGAGACUGUGGAUCCCAUACAAAAAAGGACAAACCCUUUGCCUCUGUCUGUGCCCUAUUUGAGCCCAUUGGUCCUUCGGAAAGAGUUAGAAUCUUUGUUGGAGAAUGAGGGCGAGCAAGUGAUCCAUACCUCAACGUUCAUCAAUCAGCACCCUAUUAUAUUCUGGAAUCUAGUGUGGUAUUUCAGGCGCCUGGACCUCCCCAGUAACUUGCCAGGACUCAUUCUCACAUCAGAACACUGUAAUGACGGUGUACAACUUCCUCUGUCAAACCUGUCCCAGGACAGCAAGUUAGUGUAUAUCCAGCUACUCUGGGACAACAUCAAUCUUCAUCAAGAUCCCGGGGAGCCCCUGUACAUCUCCUGGAGGAAUCUCAAUUCUGCUGAGAAAAAACCCUCAGCGAAUUCAGAAGAGCAGCAAGCAAUCAGCACUUUAGUUGAUAAUAUCAAACUGAGUAUCCAGCACAAUGAUGUCAUCAAACCAAUAAACCUCCUUGUGCAGAAACUUAAACAGGAUGAAAAACGACAAAGGAGUUUUUACAGAGAAAUCCUUUUCCUGUCUUUGGUGUCCCUUGGGAGAGAAAACAUAGACAUUGAGGCCUUUGAUAAUGAAUACAGGUCUGCGUACAAAUGCCUUCCAACAGAAGUGCUUGACAAGAUGCAGAAGAUAGACGCUCCACCCAGCAGCAGCGUUGAGUGGUGCAGGAAAUGCUUUGGAGCACCGGUCAUUUAAACUACACAGAUACGUCAUUGAAUGUGAUACAAAACAAAGCAGGAAAUAAAACUGGGAAUGUAUAGACAUAGAUCCAAGCUCCAUUACCCAAGAUAAAGUGGUUGUGCACAGUCCAUUUCAGGAGUAAACAUAGCACUCCCUUGUGAGUUUGAUAGUUAUACCAGCCCAUGAUUUAAAAGUAAAUGUGCUAGUACAAAAAAUACCUAGCUUUUGAAUUGACUAAUUUUAUAUAUAUUCUGUCUAUUCCAUCCUUUUCUGCCUAGUGUCUAGGAGAGAAGAGUGACAGUGGAGGACAUUUAUUUGUUGUCUUCCUUUUAAAGACUUGAAAUAUUAGAAUAUGUUAUUUUAUCUGCCCAUUCACCCAACAGCACAUAAAAAUGAAUUUCUUUAUAGAAGUUUAAAGAUGUUUUUGUUUGCUCCACAAAUAUGUACAUACAUUCUGUAUGUUUGAAUUAUGAAUUGCAGUUCUUUCCCCUUGGUUUAGAAUACAGAACUGUCAAGUUAAUCGAUCCCCAUUCUCUUGAAAUCAGUCAUAAUUCAAAUGUAGCUUGAUAUUUACUCUUUUCAUACUAUAUUCUUUAGAUUAUUUUUAAACUGUAUAUACAAUUAAUAUUUUCUCCCAAACAAUGAUGGGUUUCUACCCUGAGUGAUUGUAAGGCAGUUGCCUUUAUGUAAGAGUGGAGAGCUAAUGAAUCUAGGGUACAUAAAAGGGGAUGAAAUAUUGACCAUAUGCAUUUUUAGGAUUCAUGUAAAAGAAAAUAUAAAUAUGUAUGUGUGUGUGUAUGGGUCAGGGGCAAAGCGUCGGGUGCACUAAUGCCUCAUCCAUGCUCAUCUUUCUAACCUGUGGGACAAUAUAUAUUUUUGCACUGUCCAAGUUAAAUCCUUUUAUCAUAAAUGUAUUUAUACUCACACACUUGAAGAUGUGUUUACUGAGAAUGAUAAAAAUAUUUGUAACUGUUCUUAAAUUUGUUAAUAUCCCUGGUUAACUGCCAGUUGGUCUUGGGGGGAAAUGUGGGCAUUUGCACCUCACAUUUGACAGUCCUUGGAUGUUUGUUGCUUAACAUCUGAUGGCAUUCAUGUGUAAUUGUCCUGCUUCUGUUCAGCUCAGAGGGUGCAACCACCCUCAGGGAUGUUCAUGCAUUGCUUGAUGAAGCAAAUCCACAUGGAGGAAUUCUGUGGAUAAUGAUUAAAGCACAAACUGAUUGUGGUUGUGAGUGCAUCCUGCCCAUAGUAAUUAUUUUUAUAUUUCGCACGUCUAGCACUCGCACAAAAAUACAGGGCAAAGCUGAGCAAGAUUGUGAACUUUCUAAUGAUAGUAAUCAUCCAAUAAAGCAGUGAGAAUUUUGCACUUGUCAGAACAGUCUUGCACUUUAGGUUCAAAUAUAUCUUCUGUUGUUUAUGCUAAGCAACGUUUCAGAAUAUAUUUGCCGAUAAUAUGCUUUUAAUGUGCCCUUCAGAAAAGCAUUAGUACAGUGGCAAUGCCUCUACUGUGUUCCUGCUGUACUUUUCUCAAAAAAGAGGGGUCGCUGGUGUCUUAAACUUGCCUGUAGAAUUGGUUUUUAUCUCUUAUGCCCCUUCCCCCAAAAAAUUAUGAAUGUUCACAAAUAAAUGUUGGUUAAUUUUGAAAAACCCUUACGAAACACAUUUCUGUAUGUUCCCGUUUCUAUUAUGAGAACAGUAUGCCAGGUUUAAACGACAACCAUUGCACUUUUUCUUGUUUUGUUUCUGAAAUUUUCCACUUUGCUUUAGGUGUUUCUAAAUGAUAGGCCAUAAGUGACCUGGAGCAAAUUGCCUCAUUGAUAGCAUACAGAAGUAGUUGGGGUUUCUUUGAUUCUUCAGUAACUAAUUACAGAAAGUUAAAACUGUUGCCUUUGAACUGAUGUACAUUGGUCAUGCUUGAAUGCAGAACAGUUAAUGAUGUAUCAAAGGCAGUUUCUGAAUCAAGUUUCCCAAAUUGAGAUUGGCACUGUGACAUGGGCUCCUCUCAUGCCGUCCACAUCCGACAUUAUUCUGGCAUGUUUUGGAGCAGAGCAGGAAAAACCCAAAUAAUAAUCAUAGUACUUAGUAGAUUUCGAGCUGUGUUUUGCACCAAUACCAAACCACUAUUUUCUAAUCACUUUUUACACCUUUAAGAUACAUGAAAGCAAUAAUGUUUAUUCUAGCCCAUCUUGAGGGAUAGAAAAUGUCAGAUUCAUCUUAAGACCUCCUUACUGGAAGCAUAUAUGCUGGAAUUCAGCUAUACUACCCAUCGGACAAUGAUGGAAACAUUUUGCUUCUACGGGGUGUUAAGAGUUUUGAACAUAAAAAGCCAGAGGUCAUAAUAAUGUGUAUGCAGGUUAGUACCCACUAUCAUUAAACAACUGACAAAUGAAAACUAAAUGCAAAUCCCAUAUCUUCAAGUAAGACUGAUUAUAGAUAGCAGACUGAGUAAGAAAGUACAGUGCCGCCUCCCAAUCCACAGGUCAGUUUAGUUCUUGGACACCCUCCUCCUCCCUGGUGGAUACAAGAAACAAGGCAGAUGAUCACAUCCCAUAUUAUUACAUGAUGAAAACAUAUGCAUGUCUGCUUCAGCACAUAUGUGUUCACCUCACUACCAAUUUAUGUGUAGGACGUGAUGAUGUGCAGUCAGUAAAAUCUUGGAUCUGGAGGGUCCAAUGUAGUACAAUGAACCUUCAGAAAUGUAAAUAUUGGUGAAAUUUGUACAAUCAGGUCCUAGGCAUAAUUAUUAGGAAGUAAGCAGCGCUAUGUUUUUGUGAUCUUAAUUCUAAAGUUUGCCUGGGGAAAAAAUAGCUUUAAAGCAAAUCUCUGGGAAGCCCCAGUGAGACCGAUUCCCAGGAAACUAACGGAACCAUAUAAAAUGUUGGUGUAUUUUUUAGUAAUAUACCUCAUUUAAAGGGCUUUAGUUUGUACCUACAUUUACAAUUUUUUUCAAAGUGUAUAUUUCUCAGUAACUUCAAUUUUACUCUUAAAUCAUCUGAGAAACAACAGCAGCGCCAUGAACUAAAACAAAAGAGCAAUCAAAUCGCUUUACAUUGUCAUCCGGACAUUGAUUUUACAAACAUUAAGAGAAUAACCAUGAUGUGUAGCGAUUUUAUAUUUCUUUUUUUCAAUUUCAUUUUUUAAAGUGUGUGCAUUUAUGGGAACAAGUUGUUAAACUGGUCUCAUAAAACAAACACUUAUGUGUCCUUCAACUUAUUUCUGUGUCAAUCUAAUGAACUAUUUAUGAAGAGGAUCAAAAAUGCUUAUACUUGGUUUGCCUUAUUCAUUAAAGACAUUUGGAACUCUUAGCCACUGAACUUGUAAAUUUCUUCAGUGCAGUAUCUAGUAAGCGUUCAACCUGUGCCAAUACAGAAAUGAAGACUUCUUAGCACAUUGUAAAGGCUUAACAUCCCUUUAAUCUCAUGGAGCACACUGUGUCAACUAAGCAAACUCAGUGGAAAGAGGGGGUUGUCCAAGUUUGUGCCGUUUUGAUCCAGUUCUGCUAUAGUCAUUGUACUCUGUGUUAGAACAGGAUAGACUGGAAAAUAGAAUUAUGUAUCAGUACAAUUAUGAAAGGGAUUAUUUUGUCUUUUUACAAUUUAAAAUAACAAGAUUCCUUUGUGGACCUUAAACUGUUUAUUUCAGGCGGGAGAGGAAAGACUGAAUAAAAUAAAAUGAUUUAAGAUGGGAAAUUUUCUAUUACUAUUAAACAUUGUACAGGAUUCAGUUAAUUGAAAUGUGGCAGCAACUCAGUUUUGCUCACUGUGAUCUAACCUGUAUCUAUAAUCAUUUUGUAGAUAAGAUUUAAAAGAGAAUUCAUAUUUCCUAUUGACUUUUGUAUAGGUACCCUAGGUGAUUAGAAACCACUUUCAAAUGUUAUCUUGAAAAUUAAAGUGUAUAUGUCUA